AUGGCUAAUGCUUUUAUGAAGGCAGCAUUAAAGAUGGCAAAACAAGCCCUUGAUAAUCAUGAAGUACCAGUUGGUUGUGUUAUUGUUUACAACAACGAGAUUGUUGCAACUGGUUGCAAUGAUGUGAGUCGCACAAAGAAUGCUACCCAACAUGCAGAACUAAUUGCUGUUGAACAUCUCCGGGAUUGGUGUAGACGAAAACACUAUGAUGUAAAUGAGGUGUUUCUGAAUUGUGUUUUGUAUGUAACAACUGAACCUUGUAUAAUGUGUGCUGCUGCAUUAAGACUAUUAAAAAUUAGCAAAAUAUUUUACGGAUGUUCCAACCAACGUUUUGGUGGAUGUGGUUCAAGAUUAGAUGUGCAUAGCAAAACUUUUAAUAAUUCAGUUCUUAUGAAGGACAAGGAAGAAAAUAUUGGUGGUACUGUGGGAAGCAAUAGUAUUAACCAUAAAAAGGAAGAUCAUGUUACGUAUAAAAAGCCGAAGCUAGAACAAAUAAUAAAACAUACAGUGAGUUUAAAGCAUGAUUUGCCUGAGGAACUGAAUGUUAAAGAACAUAAUUUGGGUAACAACAUUACUAAUGAGUGCUUAGUUGACUUUGGGGAGCCAUUAAAAUGCACACCAGACAUGAUGGCAGCAGAAUCUGUUCAACUGCUGAAAAUGUUCUAUAUUGGUGAGAAUCCUAAUGCGCCUCACCCAAAAGAUAAAUCUGGACGAAAACUGUAAAAUAUGAAAAUAUUCUGUUUUUAAGAUUUUAUUAUUUUAAUAAAAGUUUAAUGAGAUCAAUGUUAAAAAAGUUUGGUGAAAUUUUCAAAGAUGUCUAAAUCUUUCUUGUCAAAUCCUCUUUAAUCAAUAUAGCUUAUGUUGCCUAUGGAUGUGGCCAUUUUAUUUGUUUUAUAUGUUAUAUAUUUGUGGCUCGAUUUUGUCUGCCAGCUUAUUUGUGUGUAUCAAUUUAAAAAAUAUUUAAAAUCUCUUGAUAUCCCUAUCCAUAGGGAUAAGGAAGGAGCCUUCCUUUUGCUUUUAGAACUAGGUGUGUUUAGCUAUAGUCAUGUCAUUGAAUCUGCUUUAAGAUGUUGGUUGUUCUGUAAUCUUAAAAACUUGAUUAAAUGCUUUAUGAACAUUUUUUUAUGUGUUAGUUAGUAUGUUAUUUUUUCAGACAAUGUGUAUGUGAGAUAUAUGACAGCUUUUUUUGC